AUGGUUAAAGAUAGAUUAAAAGGAUAUGCACAAUGGCAUCAUGUUGUUCCAAGAAAAGAAAGAAAUAAUCCAACGAUUAUUCAACUAGCUAAACAUUUUGGAAUUUCAGUAAAUAAAUUUAUAAAUGAUAGUAGUAAUUUAGUUAGAUUACCAAAUAAGAGAUGUGUUGAGAUGAUGUAUGUAAAGAAUAGGCUUGUUCAUCAUGGUUAUCCACGUUGGCAUAGAAAAUAUAAUUUAAUUUGUAACAAGAGAUUAAUCGAUAUAUUUGUAAAUUAUUCAAAAGAUUUAAACAAAAUGUAUGAAAAAUAUAAAGAACUUCAAAAUGAUUUAAAAUCGUAUAUAGGUUAUGACAAAAAUAGAUUAAACGAAAAAAUGGAUGACGGGCUAGCUCAUCUCAGACAAAAAGGUUAUGAAAAACAUUUACAAAGAGUUUCUCAACAAAAUUUAGAAAAAGAUAAUAAUUCAAGUAAUUUAAAAAACUAUACCCAUUAUUCAUCAUUAACAAAUGGUGCUUUAAAAUCGUCACACAUUGGUGGUGUUGCUGUAAUUCCAAAUUUAUUUAAAGGUUGGUCAGAUUCAAUCUCAUAUUUCACUCAAUCAUCUCAUAUUUUAUGUAUGAAUUUAAAUGAUAAUAAUAAUAAUGAUAAUAAUAAUAAUGAUAAUAAUAAUAAUAAUAAUAAUAAUAAUAAUAAUAAUAAUAAUAAUAAUAAUAAUAAUAAUAAUAAUAAUAAUAAUAAUAAUAAUAAUAAUAAAGAGUUUGAAGUUGAAAUUAUUGAAAAAUUAGAAAAUUUAGAAAUAAAUUAUAAUGAUAAAGAAAAAGAAAUUAAAGAUUAUAUUAAUUCAAAAGAAACCAAUCAAAUAAUCAAAGAGUUAAUUUAUGGUAUUUAUGAACAUGAUACAUUACCAUUCUUUUCAUUACAUUUUAAUGAAAAUGGUACAAUGUUUCCAAUUAUUCAUCCAGCUUAUCAGAAUACAUUAAUUGGUGAAGUGAUAUUAAUGUUGGAUUAUUAUAUGAAGGGAUUUUUACAUGGUGGUUUCUAUGAUAGGGAAUUUGUAAGUAAAUGGGAUUCAAAGGAUGAUUUGAAUAAAACUUUAGAUUGUGAAAUUUUAAAACAAAAUUUAAUUGAUAUAAAAAAAGAGAUUGAAUCAGGUACUUGGAUUCAUUUAAAGGAGAAGAUUAAAUAUAAAUCGUUAAGAGAAAGGGCAUUUGAAAUGGGUUUGGAGGGUAGUGGUGGUUUAGAAGAUUUACAAUCAAAUUUAAUGGAUUUGAAUUUGGAUAUAACCGAUCCAUCAAUUGUAGCAUUAAAUAAAGCAUAUGAUAAUUUAAAAGCUUAUAAGGGUUUAAAAUAUCAAACUUCAUUUAGAAUUUUAGCAAAUGAACAAUCUGCUCAAUCAAUUGAUGGAAUUUGGAUUAUCGAUAAUAAUUUCACAGUAAAAUAUACAAUUGAACCAACUUAUCCAUAUCAACAAUAUUUGAAUUCAUAUAAAGUUGUAUUUGGUACAUUACCAAAAGAAUAUCAAAUUCAAGAUCAAUUAUAUACUGAAGUUGCAAAUUCAAUCUCUAAACAAAUGCCACUUUUACCACCAUGUAAAAAAUAUUUCUUUUUAUUAUCACAAAUUUCUUUUUUUUCAAAUUAUAUUUCAACUUUAAAAAGUUGUGGUCAAAUUCCAAAAUUAAAUUAUCAACAAAAACAAGUAAAAGAAGAAGAAGAAGAAAAGGAAGAAGAAAUAAAAUUAAAUUUUAAAACACCAAGUCAAUUACCACCAUUACCAGUUAGAUAUUUUAAAGGUAUAAAAUUAACAUUAACAGUUGGUGAAAUUAUUAAAUCAAUUUGUGAUGCUGCUGAUGCUGAUGAUGAUGAAAAUAAAGAUAUUUUAAAUUGUUUAAAAGAAUAUGGUAAAAUCAAUUUUAAAUUUGAAAUUGAAAAUUUACAAUCACCAAUUUCUAUUGAUAAUAAUAAUAAUAAUAAUAAUAAUAAUAAUAAUAAUAAUAAUAAUAAUAAUAAUAAUAAUAAUAAUAAUAAUAAUAAUAAUAAUAAUAAUAAUAAUAAUAAUAAUAAUAAUAAUAUUGAAUCAAUUAAAUCUUCACAUGAAUCAUAUAAGAAUUUAAUUAAUAAAUUAUCAAAUCUAAUAUCAAAUUUAAUGAUUAAUAAAAUUAAAACUUUAACAAAUAAUACAAGUGAAUACAAUUUUAAAGAUAUUGAAUUAAGUGAAUAUUGUGAUAAUUUAGCAACUGGAUUUUUAGUAUUAAUGAAAUCAAUUAUUGGAAUUGUUGAAAUUAGUAAAUUUCAAACAUUAUUUUAUAUGAUGGCUCAAUAUCUUUACAUUUUAGAAUCAAAAACUGAUAAAAUCGCUUCACAAUUUGGUGAUGUACCUUGGCCAUUAUCAAGUACAUUACCAAAAAUUGAUUUUGAAAAUCAAACAACCACUAUUAAUCCUGAACAUCAUUCUAAAAUGUUUGAAUGUGUUCAAUCAUUUCAUAAUGAUUGUAAAAAAUUUAAUAUAAAUUUAAAUGAUAUUGAAAACAGUUGUCAAUCAAUUAUAUCAACUUGUAAAAAUCAAAUACUUUUUGAAUUAUGUGAUGGUUGUAAAGGUGAUUUUCAAAUGCAUUCUGAACAAAUUUACAAAGUUGAUUCAAUUUGUAGAAUCACCUAUGAAAGAAAUAUUCGUAAAGAAUUAAAUCAACAAUUGAAUCAACUUCAAGAGAAAUAUAAUCAACAAUAUUGGUUCACAUCUUUCUUUUUAGGUACGAAAAGAAAAUUGAAUGAAACAAAGUUAAUAUUGGAUAGAUUAGAUAGUGUGCUUGAUUUUGCAAUCCCACCAUCAUUGGAAGAAUUUAAAAAGAGUUUUGAAAAUAUUCAAAUCACAUUCAAUUCACAAAAUGAUGAUUUUAAAAAAUUAUUUAAUCAAGAGUUUAAAGAGAUUACAAAUUCAUUACUUGAUUUCUUAAAACUUGUAAAAGGUGAUUUCGAUAUGUUAGAAAUUAUUACAAAACAAAGAACUUUGAAUAUUAAAAAUUUAAUUUCAAAAUUAUCUUUAACUGAAAAACAAAAUACUGAAAAUCAUUUAAUAAAUUUAUUAUCAAAAUUAUCAAGUGGUGAGCAAAAUUCAUUAAAUAAAUUUACACCAUUAUUUCCAAUAUCACAGAUUGAAAUUUCAAGUGAACAAUAUUUUAAAGAGAAUCCUUCAGAUUCUAAACUUAUUUGGGGUGGUUGUGGUUUUAUUUUUGAUCAAUUAGAAAUUAAGCAAUCAUUUAAACAAUUUCAAAAUGAAAAACAAACCAAUGAUUUUAUAAUUAAAACUAAAAAAAUAUCAACUGAAUCACCAUCAAAUAAAUGGAAUUUAUUAAAUGAUUAUAAAAUGAUUUCAUUUACUUUAAAUAUUGAACAAAUUGAUUAUAAUGAAUUUCAACAAUAUAAUAAUAAUGAAGAAGAAGAAGAAGAAGAAGAAAAAGAAGAAUAUGAAGAAGAAUAUGAUGAUGAAUAUUAUUUAUUAAAUGAAAAAUGUAAUGAUUAUAAUUUUUUAAUUAAUCGUGAUGAAUUUGGUAAUACAAAAUUACAUUUAGCAGCAGAGAAUGAUUAUUAUGAAAUUAUAGAUCAAAUGGUUAAAACUAUGGGUAAAUCAUAUUUAGAAGAUAAGAAUUCAUAUGGUUUAACACCUUUAGCAUGUUCAAUUUUAAUGGGUAAUUUUAAUUCAUUUGAAAUUCUAUUAUCAUUAGGUUCAAAUGUAAAUUCAAAAUGUUAUAGUGGUAUAACACCAUUAUAUAGUUCAAUCUAUGAAGGGUAUACUAAAAUUGCAGAAAAGUUAAUUAAAAAUCGUUCAGUAGAUUUAAAUUAUCAAUUGAAUGAGGAGAAUACAGCAUUACAUAUUGCAUUAACUUUUGGUAAUUUAGAAAAUGCUUGUCAACUAAUAAAGAAUGGUGCAUCAAUAUUAAUUGAGAGGAAAAGUGAUGGUUUUACAGCUAUUGAGGUUGCAGCGUCACUUUCUCAAAUGGAAUUCAUUGAAAAAGUUAAUAAAUUAGGUUUGAAAAUUAUUGAAAGAAUAUUACCAUCUCAAGGUACAGCAUUGCAUAUUGCAGUUGAGAAUGGAUCCUAUGAUUUUGUUAAACAUUUAUUAGAUGUUCAAAAUUGGUCAGUUUCAAUCCAACAAUUAAAUGGUUAUACACCAUUAAUGGUUUCAUUAGAGAAUGGGUACCCUGAAAUUGCAAAUUUAAUUUUAAAUAAAACUUUAAAUCAAUGUAAUUAUAACAUUAGAGGAGCAUCAAAUGAUCAUGGUAGUUUAAUAACACAAUGUUCAAUGAAACAUUAUGGUUUAUUUAUAAAUGAAAAGAAACAAACCGCAUCAAUGAUUGCAAUUUCUAAAGGUUAUACAGAUAUUGCAUGGAGAAUAUUGUCAUUGGGUGAUGAGUCAUGGGAUCAUUUAGAUCAAGAUGGUUAUUCAUUAUUAGAUUAUAUAAUUCUAUAUGGUGAAGCAUCAUUAUUAAAAUUGGUAUUAAAUGAAAAGUUAAUAAUUUUUGAUACCACUAAAAAAUACCAACUCUUAUCAAAUAAUAAUUUAAGUUUUUUAGCAUUUGCUCUAAGACAAAAGAAAUUAGAAUUGGUUGAUAUUUUAUUAGAAUAUGAUGCAGAAUCAAUUUAUAAAACUAAACCACAAUGGUCAUUAAUUCAUUUAGCAGUUAGAGCUAAUCAUAUAGGUUUAGUUAAUAAAUGGUUAGAUGAAAUUAAACCAUCAGAUUUUAAUACAAUACAUUUAGAGAUUAAUCCAGAUACUAUUUAUAGUGGUAAUGAAAUAAAUAAUAAUAAUAAUAGUAAUCAAGUAAAUAAAGAAGAAGAAGAAGAAGAAGAAGGAAAUGAAAAAUUUAAACUUAAAAGUUUAUUAGCAAUUGCAGCAGAAAGUGGUAGUGUUGAGUCAUUAGAACUUUUAUUAAAUUGUAAAUUUUUAAAUGAAAUUAAAAAGAAUAAAUCCAUUGAACAAAUCAAUUCAAUAGUAUGUCCAAGUGGUACACAUUUAUUAUAUUAUGCAAUUAUUGGUAGAAAUAAAAGAGUGAUUGAAACGUUAAUUCAAGGAUCCUUGUAUGAAGAUUUAAAUAUCCAAUUGAACCAACAAGGUGAUACAGUAAUUAGUUUAUUAUUAUCUAGUGGACAACAUUCUUUAAUUCCUCUAUUUAUUAGUCAUGGUUUAAGAGUUUAUAAUUUUGGUUUUCAAUCAAUUGAUUCAUCAAUUAAAGUUGAUGAUUUUGAAUCUAUUGAAGAAUUUAUCAAAUUUUCAAAUCAAGAAAAUAUUCAAUUAAAAAGAAAAAAUCUAUUAAUUGGUAGUGUAAAUAGUAGUAAUCCAUUUUAUUUAUAUCUUUGGUUAAAAUCAAUUCAAUUUGAUUCUCAAAAAAUUUUAAAUCAUUUUAAUAAACAAAUUCAAUUAAUAAUUUCAAAAUGUAUAUAUAAUAAUGAUUAUAAUGAAAAUAAUAAAAAUAAUAAUAAUAAUAAUGAAAAUGAAAAUGAUAAUAGUGAUAGUAAUAUACAAUUAAUAAAAGAAUGUAAAGAACUUUUAAAUAGUUGUAUUGGUAAAUCAAUAUUGAUAGAAAUAGUAUCAUCAAAUAAUCAUUUAGCAAUUAAACAGUUAUUUAAAAUUAUUACAUUAUUUAAUGAUAAUACAAUACAAAUUUGUUUAGAAGAAUCAAUUCGUAAAGAUAAUAUUGAAAUUUUUAAAACUAUUUUAUCAUUAUCAUCACCAUCUUUAAAGAAUCAAGCAAAUUAUAAACAAACUCUUAUUAAUUUAUGUAAUUCAAAUGAUUCAUUUAAAAUUUUAAAAUUAUUAUUGUCAACAAAUAAAGAGGCAGAAGAAGGAAAUACUUCAAGUAAUAGUAAUGUAAAAGAAGAGGAUAAAGAUGAAGAGGAAGAUGAGGAUAAAAUUCAUUUAGAAAAGUUACUAUUUGAAUCACUUUCACAGAAUGAUGAUGAAAAAUCAUUAUCACUUUUAAAAAUGUAUAAAGGUGAUAUACCGAAAUUAAUAAUUAAAACAGAACCAAUAUUAAAUAUAGCAUUGUUAUAUGGUUGUGAGAAAUCAUUUGAAUAUUGUAUUGCAAAAGGUUGUGAUCCAAUGCAAAAUAAUCCAAACAUUUUGAAAAUUGUUAAUCAAGAAGUUGAUAUGUUGGGUACUCAUUUAUUAUUGUUAAAGAAAUAUUUAAAACCUAAAGUUUUACAAUCACUAUUUUCUCAACAUGUUGAUAUUCAAUUUCCAGGAUUUUCAAAAACUCAAUUAAAUAUGAAACAUUUAGAUUUAUUAUUAAUUUUAAUUGAACCAUCAAGUAUUCAAGAUUCAUUCAAUAAUACAACCGAUUCUGAUCAAUUAAAAUAUAUUAUUGAAUUUUCAAAUUUAUUAGGUUUAUCAUUAUAUGAUAAACCAAUUUCUUUACUUGAUUCAGAUUCAGCCUCUGACUUUCUAGUAAAUUUAAAACAUCAAUUAAAUAAUACUAAAAAGGAAAGAAAACUUUCUAAUAAUAAUAAUAAUAAUAAUAAUAAUAAUAAUAACAAUAAGUAUUUUAAACCAGAAUUUUAUAUUAAAACAAAUGAAGAAAUUGAUUCAAAUUUAUUAUUAUUUGCAUGUAUGGGUAAUAAAUCAUCUUGGAUUGAACAAUGGUUUCAAAAUAAUAAUAAUGAUAAUGAUUUUAGUUAUAGUGAUAAUAAUAAUAAUAAUAAUAAUAAUAAUACAUUAAGUGAAACUAAAUUAGAAAUGAAUUAUCAUCGUUGUCGUAUGUCAAAAGUAAUUAAUAGAGUUAAUCAAUCGGAUAGAUCAACACCAUUAAUGAAUGCAUGUUCAGUUGGUAAUAAUUUUAGUGUAUUGAAAUUACUUCAAAAUGGUGCAGACUCAACAGCAAUCAAUAAUAAAGGUGAAUCUGCUUUGUUUUAUUGUUUUGGUAAUGAAAAUCCAAAUAGUACAAUUCAAUAUUUACUUCCUUAUUCAAGUUCAGUUUUAAAUAUUCCAAAUGAAGAAGGUGAAUAUAUAAUUUCAUUAGCAUCUAAACUUGGUCUAACUUCAUUGGUUUCUCAGUUAUUAAAUAAAGGUCCAUCUUUAGAUAUUGAUGGAAAUUAUAAUGAUCUUCCUUUAUUUGGUGCUUGUUUUCAAAGUAAACCUGAUAUUAUUAAAUUAUUAUUAACAAAUAAACGUUUAUUCUCUCCAAGUUAUUUAAAAUCAACAAUAAAUCAAUGUUCAAAUAAAAAUCAGCAACAACAACAACAACAACAACAACAACAACAACAACAACAAAUACAGCAACUACAAUUGGAACAAAUACAACAACAACAACAACAAAAACAAAAACAACAAAAUGAUGAUAAUAAUCAAGAUAAUAGUAAAAGAAAUCAAAUUCAAAAAUUAAUUAAAAAUUUACCAAUUUCAUAUGGUUCAGUUUUUGGUGAUUCAUUAAUUUCAUUUUUAACAAUUUGGAAUGAAACAUCAAAUGCUUUUAGUUCAAAUAUAUUACCAAUUAAUACAUUUGAACAAAGUGAUUCACCAUUUGAUUAUUCAAUUGAAUCAAAUAAAUCAAGAAUGAUAGAUUUCUUUUCAAUGUUAACACCAGAAACUAAAAGAAGUAAUCGUUGGAUAAAAGUUGUAGUUUCAGAUAAUCCAGAAUUGUUAUUUACAUUGGAUAGUCCAAAAACUGAAUUAUUAAGUGUUAUCCCAUUUUAUAAUUUAAAUGCAUUACAUUUGGCAGCAUUAAAUGAUUGUCAUAGAAUUGUGAUUACAUUAUUUCAAUGUGGAGUUAGUGUAAAGGAAACUUCAAUAUUUGAAAAUAAGAAUUCAAUUCAAAUCGCAGCUUCAAUGGGAAAACCUCAAUUUAUAAAAAGUUUAUUAAAUGCACAUUUUAGAUGUGGUGUUGAUUUCAAUUAUUUACUAGAUUCCGAUAGCAAUUCAGCCAAUGGUAAAUCACCACUAGAAUUGGCUUUAAUGAAUGGUAAUAUUACAUGUGCUUUCAUAUUGAUGCAAGCUUCUCCAAAUGUAUCAAUUGGUAAACCUUCUUUAUUCCUAUUGGAUUUAUAUUCUUCUAAUCAAGUUAACUAUACUUGGUCAACCGUUGAAUUACUUUGUAAAUAUUUAGCAAUAUUUGGUGAUGAUUCAAUUGUUAAUCAUUUCAAUGAACUUGAAAGAAUUCAACAUUCAUCAACAAUUGAACAAAAACAUUUUUGGAGUUCAAAUGAAAUGAAAUCAAUUAAAUCAUUAAUUUCAAAAUUAGAUUUUAAUCAAUUAAAUCCGUUCUCUAAUGAAAGUAAAUUUACAAGAGCAUUAAAUUUAGGAUUUACAAAUGAAAAAGCAAAAGAGUUCAUUUCAUUAAAUAAUUGGUUAGUAGAAUCACCAAUUAAAUCAAAAUCAUCAGCAUCAGCAUCACUAUUAAAGAAUUCUUCUUUAAAUCCAUUUGAUAGUUAUUUAUCACCAGAAUCAAUUUUUAAAUCAAAUAUUGAAUUAUUACCAAACCAAUUUAAAACUUCAAAUCUUUGGAAUUUUGCAAAAUUAAAUCUUUCAAUUUAUUCACAAUCAAAUUUAUCUUUAUAUCUUUGUUCGCCAUUACCUUCAACAUUUAAUGAAGAAUCAAUGGAAAUUUUAGAAAAUGCAUUCAAUUGUUUAUUAAAAAUUAAAGAUGAUCAAUCAAUGUUAUCAUUAUUUGAUUCUGAAAUUGGUUCAAGUUGGCCUUGGAAAUUAAUUUUAUCAAAUAAAUUUAUACAAAUUAUGAAUCAAGUUUUACAAUUGAAUAAUAAUCAACUAUAUCAUUGGUUCAUUUCACAUUUUAGUGCACGUAUUUCAAAUUUAUUCAAUGAUUCAACUUUAAUUGAUAAUACUUUUAAUAGAUUUUCAAAGUUUAUUCAAUUACUUACUGAACCAUUAUUAAUUUCAAACAAUCAUGAUUGUUCACUUUUCUUUUUACCAUAUCCACCAACUGAUAUUCAAUUUUCUUUUCAAAGUGAAAAUGGUAGAUUCAAUAUGGAUCUUGUUAUAGAUUCAAUAGAAAAACAAAAACUAUCUAGACAUAUUCAAGUUUCAUUAUUAUCUCAAAUACCAAAAUCAACUGAAUUCAUAAGAUCCAUAUUGAAUAAUAGUGAACCUGAUUCAAUUUUAGUUUGUAGACAAACAUUUCAAUCUUAUUCAAUUUCACCACUAGAGUAUGGUUUAGAAAAAGGAAUUUUAAUUUCAAAUGAUUGUUCUGGUGCUUUAUUAAAAUUAUUCAAUGGUUUAAUUUCAUCCUAUGAUGGUAUUAGUAGUAGUAGUAAUAAUAAUGAAUAUGCAAAAAUGCAUCCAACAAUAAUUUUAAAUUUCAUAAAUAAUUUAAGAUUACUUCAAAUUUUAGAUUCAUCAUUAGUUUCAAAUGGUUGUAAAUUAAUAUUAAUUCAAUUGUUUACGUCAAUUUUAGAAUAUUCAAAAUAUAAUAUAUUAACAGAUACAGAUCUAUUAUUACAAAAUCAACAACAACAACUAAUGAUAUCAACUACUGGUAGAAUUGAAUGGUGUCGUGAUAUGCAAACUAUAAUUGCUCAAGCGCCACAAACUAUUAAAGCUAUUGGUAUUUCAAAUUUCUCUUUUUAUAUUAAAAAAAUAAUUGAUUAUGAAAGAGAAAGAUUAACUAAUAAUAACAACAAUAAUCAAGUCGGUGGUUAUUCAUUAAGAUCAUAUAUCAAUUUAACUCAAAUGUUAUUAUCACCAUGUAUUAAAAGAAUUGAACGUUCAAAAAUUUGGAACACUUUAAAUUAUCAAGAAUUAUUUGAAUUAUUAAAGAAAACAAUUGAUAAUGAAAUUAAUGAAAAAGUUAAACAACGUCCAUUUGAUAAAAUUUGGGAAACAUUUCAAUCACCAAUUAAUCAAUUCCCAUUAGAAAAUGAUCAAUUAGAUGAUAUUAAAUCAAUUUAUAUUGAAAUUGAUAAAUAUUCAAAUAAUAAAUUAAAAUCAAUGACUAAUCAAUCAUUAAUUAUUCAUUGUAAAUCAAUUUCAGAUGAAAUUAAAAAUUUGAAAUCAAAUAAUAAUAAUAAUAAUAAUGAUUUAUUAAAUAUUAAAAAUAAUCAAUUUAAAAAAUUAUUUAUUAAAUUAUUAAGUGGAUUAAGAUGGUUAAUUUAUAAUGAAUUUGGAACUUAUCCAUAUAGUACUCAAGUUUGUUGUGUUAUUGGUUUAUUAUUAUAUAAUAAAAAUUCAAAAGAACAAAGAGGUAGAAUUGCACAAGUACUUACUGGUGAAGGUAAAUCAACUAUUGUAGCAUUGCUAGCAUCUUAUUGUGCUAUUUUAGGUAGAACAAUUGAUAUUAUAACAACAUCGGAAUAUUUAGCACAAAGAGAUUUCAUAAAGUUUGAAGGUUUCUUUAAAUCACUUGGUAUUAGUUGUUCACAUAUUUGUUACCAACAUCCAACACCACAAGUAUUUAAUGCUCAAAUCCUAUUUGGAACCAAUACAAACUUUGAAUUUGCAUUGCUAGGUGAUAAACUAAAUGAUUCUAAAUUAUUAUUUACAAAUGGUUUACCACGUGAAAAAGAUUUAGUUAUAGUUGAUGAAGUUGAUAGUUUAUUUAUGGAUUCAGCAUUAAAUUCAGCUAGGAUGGCAAUUUCUUCAAAUGAUUAUCAUGGAUUUAUUUAUCAACCAAUUUCAAAUUAUGUAAAAACUACAAUUGUACAAUCAAAUUCAUGGUCAUUAAUUGAACAAAUAAAAGAUAUUGAAGAUAAUAAAAAUGAUCAAGAUAAUGGUGAUAAUUUAUUAAUUGAUUAUCAAUAUCAUAUUAAUUCAAUUUUAAUGAUAAUUAAAAAUUCAAUUAAAGAUUUACCAUGUAAUGAUAAAUCAAAAGAUUUAAUUAGUAAAUGGGUAUCCUGUCUUGGUAAUCAAAGAAUUAAAAAAAUAUUAAAUCUUGCCAUUAAAUCAUUUACUUUAAAAGAAGGUUUUGAUUAUGUAAUUAUGUAUGAAUCAUCAAAUCAUUUAAAUGAUUCUUCAACUACAACCGCCAAUAACAGUCCAACUACUGUUGCAACUGUUGUAAUCGUAGAUAAAGAUAAUACUGGUAGAUUAAUGAAUGGUUCAAGAUAUUCCGAUGGUUUACAUGAAUUUAUUGAAGUUAAACAUGGUUUUCAACCAAAUCCAGAAUCAUUAACUGCAGCUGCAAUUUCUCAUCCAUCUUUCUUUGCACAAUAUAAUGUUGUAUUUGGCUUAACUGGUACUUGUGGUGAAGAUUCAGAAAGAAGUGAACUAUCAUUGGUUUAUGAUGUUGAUUCAUUUAAUGUUCCAAGUUAUCAACCAUCGAAACGUAUUAAAAAACCUUCGAAAAUCUAUUCAACCAUUCAAGAUUAUCAAAAUAGUAUAAUUGAUGAAAUUAAAGAAAUGCAAUCACUAUCUAGACCAAUUCUAUUACUAGUUCCAACUAUUAAUGAUUCAGAGGAGUUUACUCAAUUACUACAAUCAAAUUCUAUAAAAUCACAACUAUUAAAUGAAAUGCAACAACAAGAUGAGGAAUUUAUAAUUACAAAAGCUGGUGAAUGUGGUGUUGUGACCGUUGCAACAAAUACUGCUGGUCGUGGUACUGAUAUUAAAUUAACAGCAGAAGCUUUAGAAAAUGGUGGUUUACAUGUUAUCUUUGCAUUUUAUCCUGCAAAUUUAAGAGUUGAAUGUCAAGGUUUAGGUAGAUCAGGCCGUCAAGGUCAAAAUGGUUCAUGUAGAAUUAUUGUUUGUAAAGAAUCAUUAGAUUUAGAAUAUAAGAAAAUUUUAAAUUUACCUAAAAUUAAUAAAAUUAAAGAAAUUGAUGAUAUUGAUACUAUGGGAGAUCUUGAAAAUGAUGAUGAUGAUGAUGAAUUAUCAGUUUUAAAUAAUCAUAGAAGUAAAAAAUGUUCUUCACUUUCAAUGACAAGAUUAAUUCAAUGUCAAAUUGAAAAGAAAAAUUAUCAAUUACUUGAAAGAUUCUUUAAUUUACUUUCAAAUUUAAGAUUAUUCUUUAAAUCUUCAGAUUCAAUUAAAAAUAAUUUAAAUAAUUUAGAUAAUAAUAAUAAUAAUAAUAAUAAUAAUAAUAAUAAUAAUAAUAAUAAUAAUAAUAAUAAUAAUAACUUUAAUAUUAAAUGUAAAUGUAAAGAUAAUCAAUUUUCAAGAUUUAUUAAAUCACCAAUAAUUAUCCAACUUUUAGAAUCUAGUGAAAUUUUAUUAUUAAAUCCAUCAGAAAGUAAUAUAAUAUCAUUUGUAAAUAGAUUAGAAAAUUCAAUAAUUCAAUUAAUUCAACAAGAAUGGGCACAAUUUUUCACAGAUUUCUCUGAAUUAUCUUCACCAUCAAAUUAUUUAUCAACGAUUUCUUCUACUCCUGAAGAAUUUUUUAAUGAUUGGUGGUAUAACCAAUCAGUUGCUUCUUGUUUAGAAGAAAAUAUUCAUUCUCAUUUAGAAUCUUUAAUUUUAAAUUUAAAUCUUUAA